AAAAGUGUGUCUCGAAAAUAAGGGGAGAAAAAGAGAAGAAGAGAUAAGUUGAGAAUGCCAAUUGUUUUAAUAUUUUUUAAAGACAGUCUAAGUUAUUGUUAAAUGUUAUAAGAUCUUUAAAAUUCUAAGAUUAUCGAUAGUGAAACAACAUGAAUAAGGACUCAAUUCGCAUGAAACGGAAUCCUAAGGAGACUGCGAAUAUCUUUAGUCAACUAUUUUUUUGGUGGAUGGCAGACUUGUUUAUAAAAGGCGCGAAGACUGAUUUGCAGGAAUCUGAUAUUUUUCAACCAUUGAAAGAAGAUGAGUCUAAAAAAGUGACAGAUCAUCUCGAAAAAUAUUGGAAUCGCGAAUUGCAAAAACUAAAAAAACUGGAAUAUACUGUGGACAAAAAUGGGCAGAAAAUGCCAUUGAAGAAGAAUGUUCGUCCGAAACUAUACAAGGCACUCUUCGGCGCCUUUUGGUUACCAUAUGCAAUUAUAGGAAUCUAUAUCUUUAUCCUGUCAUGCAUAUUGCGCAUUUUGACACCGAUUCUGCAAGGUUGGAUCAUCAGUUAUUUUACUCAAGAAUCAAAUUCAACAAGCCAAAUAGAAAAGAAUAAGACAAUGAUUUAUAUCGCAUGUUUAGUGAUUUGUCUUUUUAGUACCGCCUUGAUGUUCAACCAUAUUAACAUAAUGUCGCAACAAGUUGGCAUGAGAAUACGCAUUGCCUGCACCUCCCUUAUCUAUAGAAAGGUAUUGCGAUUGAAUCAAACAUCUUUAAGUCGAACCGGUACUGGACAGAUUGUGAAUCUUCUCAGCAAUGAUAUGAAUCGGUUCGAUUUAUUAACAUUAUAUCUGCAUUAUAUAUGGAUUAUGCCUAUUCAGAUCAUAAUUGUGGGAUACAUAAUGUGGCAGAAGGUCGGUGUUUCGAUUCUCAUAGGCAUCGGGAUACUAUUGAUAAUUAGCAUACCUGUUCAAGGAACUAUAAGUUUGCUAAGCCGUAGUAUUAGAGCCAUAAUCGCGCCAUUGACCGAUCGACGGAUACAGCUGAUGAAUGAGCUCGUAGCCGGGAUACAGGUAAUAAAAAUGUAUGCUUGGGAGAAGCCAUUCAACAAGAUUGUAUCGAUAACGAGAGCACUGGAGAUAAAAAAAAUUAAAUUCUCGGCAUACGUGCGCGCUACAAAUUUGGCUAUCAUAGUGUUUACGGAAAGGUUGCUGAUUUACUUUACAUUGAUAAUGUUCGUAUUAUCGGGAAAUAAUCUGAAUGAUGAUGUGACUUAUACUCUUGCAACAUUUUCUAACAUUCUUCAACUCACUGCGGCUUUGUUUUUUCCGCAAGCGCUUAUAGUACUUGGCGAAACGAUAAUAUCUAUGAAUCGAUUAGAGGAUCUUUUAUUAAUGGAUGAAGUAAAUAUGGAAUGCUUUAAGGAAACAUUGCAAUCUAAAGACGAAAAAUUAAACAAAGUGAUUGCUACGAACAAUCAAAUAGAUGUCAACAAUAAAACUCCUGAGCAGGAAUCAUAUCGUCCAGUUUGCGUAAAGUUUCAUCGCGUUUCUGCAAAUUGGAUUAACGGUCAACUGCCACCAACAUUGUGUAACGUUUCAGCAAUCAUUAAUCCGGGUGAACUGUACGCCCUGGUCGGCCCCGUAGGCUCCGGUAAAUCUUCCAUGCUUUACGUGCUACUGAAAGAGUUGGAUCUCGGUGCAGGUUCCGUGAUUCUCACGCAUGAUCCCGCAAAAAAUGUUUCUUACGGUAAAAUGACUAACUGUUAUCACAUAGAAAAUUCAAACAUACGCAUCUCCUAUGCUAGCCAGGAACCCUGGCUCUUUGGCGGCACUGUAAGAGACAAUAUAUUAUUUGGCCAACCCUUCGAUAAGGUCAGAUAUAAUGAGGUGACGCGUGUGUGCGCAUUGUUAAAAGACUUCCAACAGUUUCCACAGGGUGACAUGACAAUAGUCGGUGAAAGAGGCGUAUCUCUCUCCGGAGGUCAAAGGGCGCGAAUCAAUCUCGCGAGGGCAGUCUACAAGCAAGCGGAUCUUUAUUUGCUGGAUGAUCCUUUGAGUGCGGUAGAUACUCAUGUCGCCAAACAUCUCUACAAAAAAUGCAUCACCGAGUAUCUCUACGGAAAGACAAGGAUUCUUGUUACACAUCAGUUGCAUUUUCUAAAACGUGUGGAUCACAUUAUCGUGCUUGACCGGGGCUUCGUAAAGAUGCAAGGAAGUUAUAAAGAACUAAUAGAAUCAAACAAAGAUUUCAUUGAAAUGAUGAAUGACUUAAUAAGCACCGUAGAAGAAAAAAAGGAAGAAAACGCGAGAAAAAUAUCAGAAAUGUCUUUAAAGAAUAUGCUGAUAUCCAAACGUUUUUCGGAAGUGUCGAUCGCAAGCUCUGUUUAUUCAUUACCAAACGACGAUUUGACUUGUAUGGAAAACAAUCUGGAAGGUGAAGAGAUGAUGCGUGGUCAAAUAUCUAGUAAGGUGUAUAGAGACUAUUUACACCAUGGCGGGAAUUAUUUCAUACUGUUUGUGCUGCUGCUAGUUUUCAUCAUCAGCCAGAUUGCUACCACUGGCAAUGAUUACUGGCUUUCCUACUGGACCAAUUUGGAAGAAGUUAGGCGAAAUAAAGAUACUGCCGGCGCCAAUCAAAUUCAUAAAAAUUAUAUGAACAUGCGUAACGAUAGCUUCCUGGCAUCAAUCUUCACGUUGAAUUCGGACGGUUUGCUCAGUAAAAUAGAUGCUAUAUACAUUUACACAUUUUGCAUUAUCAUUUGCACCGUUACUGUAUUGUUCCGCAGUUUUCUCUUCAUGAAUAUAUGCCUGAACUCCAGUAUCAAUCUACACAACAUCAUGUUCUCCAAUCUGUUACAGGCGCGUAUGUCCUUCUUUAACAGGAAUCCUUCUGGUCGAAUUUUAAAUAGAUUUUCGAAGGACAUUGGAACGAUAGAUGAACUGCUACCAAGAAUAAUGCUUGAAGCACUUCAGAUGACCAGUGUAGUACUGGCUAUAUUUAUCAUGGUGGCAAUACUUAAUCGAUGGAUGAUAAUACCGAUAAUCAUACAAAUUAUUUUAUUUUAUCUGUGGACAAAGUUCUAUCUCAAAACUGCUCAAAGCAUCAAACGUCUUGAAGGAGUAACUAAGAGCCCGUUGUUUUCACAUAUAAACGCUACACUAAAUGGAUUACCGACGAUUCGGAGCAGCGGUAACAAUAUCGAGAAGAUGGUACGAGACAGGUUCGAUGAAUUGCAAAAUACUCAUAGUGGGGCGUGGUACCAAGUUUUGGCAUGUGGAACUGUUUUCGGCAUCGUUGUGGACACGAUUACGUGCUUGUUCAUGAUCUGCCUCUGCUAUUCCUUCAUAGUGAUAAGUGAAUAUGGCAAUGUAUCCGGUGGCGAUGUAGGUUUGGCAAUUUCGCAAUCACUAAUCUUGGUCGGCGGUUUGCAAUUCAGCAUAAAACAGAUAGCCGAGACUUUUUCGUUGAUGACAGCUGUGGAAAGAAUUCUCCAGUAUACAAAUCUUCCCAAGGAACCAAUCAUUACCUCGGAUGAUCCUCUACCACCUACGUGGCCAUCUCAAGGACGAUUAACAUUUAAAAAUGUCAGCAUGAAGUAUGACAAGAACAAUCCGUUUGUCUUAAAGAAUCUGAACAUGUCUAUUGAACCUGGUUGGAAGAUCGGUGUAGUGGGACGAACUGGUGCUGGCAAAUCUUCAUUAAUCUCCGCGCUCUUUCGCCUGUUUAAUGAAGAUCUAAAGGGUGAAAUUGAAAUUGACGAGCGGGAGACGGGUACGCUAAAUCUGCAGGAGUUACGUUCCAAGAUUUCCAUCAUACCCCAGGAGCCGGUGCUCUUCUCCGAAAGUUUACGCUAUAAUUUGGAUCCGUUCAAUCAGUAUGACGAUGUGAAGCUGUGGGAGGUGCUUCGAUUGGUCGAGCUAAACGAACUUGCGUUGGACCAAAAUGUCCUUUGCGGUGGCCAUAACUUCAGCGUCGGUCAAAGGCAGCUCAUAUGCUUGGCUAGAGCGAUCUUGAGAAAUAAUCGCCUGCUCGUUCUUGACGAAGCCACAGCAAAUAUUGAUUCCUAUACUGAUGCUUUAAUUCAAGAUACGAUAAGGAAGAACUUUAAAGAUUGCACUGUCAUCACGAUAGCGCAUCGUUUGAAUACUGUCAUAGACAGUGAUCGCAUUAUAGUGAUGGAAAACGGUUACAUCGUGGAAUUUGGCACGCCGUACGAAUUAUUACAUGACAAACCGAAUGGCUACUUUAAGCAAAUGGUGGAUAAGACGGAUAAUCAAAUGGCACAGAAUCUUUUGGAACAGGCAAAAAAUGCUUAUCUGAAAAAUAGAAAUAAUCGGAAUUUGAACCUAUCAACGCAAAAUUCCGGCGAGAGCGAUAUUAUAAUCACAGAACAAUCCAAACUAUAGAUUUGCUUAUACUAAUGAUACACACAGUAGUAUUUUGUUUCAACAGAAAUAACUUUGCAAUUGUUGUGUGACAUAAUAUAAUGUAAUAAAUUAUAAAGUG